GCCAGUGAGAAAAGUGCAGGGGCGAUAGUGAGAAUCAACGAGAGAGAUGAUGGAGGAAGAAGAGGCGGAAGAGACAUGGAAUCAUAAGAAGCAAGUUCUAAUGGAAGAAGUGGCUUUCAGGCUCGUCAACGGCGAUCUUGACGCUAAGAUUCAGGCCGCCAGAGAAAUCAGAACGCUCGUUAGGAGAUCUUCCACUAAUGCUCGCUCUAAGAUCGCCGCCUCCGGUGUUUUACAGCCUCUCAUCUCGAUGCUCACCAUUUCCAAUAUCGACGCCCGUGAAGCUUCUCUCCUCGCACUACUCAAUCUCGCCGUCAGAAAUGAAAGAAACAAGGUCAGCAUAGUGAUGUCUGGUGCAAUUAGUCCGCUUGUUGAGCUGCUCAAAAUCCAGCAAAACAACUUAAGAGAAAUAGCUACAGCUGCAAUAUUAACCCUCUCAUCCGCACCAUCAAACAAACCGACUAUAAUAGCUUCUGGUGCCAUUCCUCUUCUAGUUCAGAUACUCCGGUCAGGAAACAUUCAAGGACGAGUCGAUGCAGUCACAGCUCUUCACAAUCUCUUCGCUUUUUCUCCAGAUAACCCUAAUGUCAUCAUCCUAGAUUCCAAAGCUGCUUGUCCUCUCAUCAAUCUGCUUAAGGAAUGCAAGAAGAAUUCGAAAUUUGCUGAAAAAGCAACAGCCUUAAUUGAGAUUCUUUGUCAAUCAGAAGAAGGAUUACUAGCAGUUGCGAUGUCUGAUGGUGGGAUUUUAGCUUUGGUGGAAACUGUUGAGGAUGGAUCUAAGGUGAGCAUGGAGAAUGCUGUGGGAGCUUUGUUAUUAUUAUGUGAGAGUUGUCGAGAUAAAUAUAGGGAACUCAUUCUCAAAGAGGGUGCAAUACCUGGACUGCUAUGGAUGACUGCUGAAGGCACGGCUAAAGCUCAGGAGAGAGCUCGGAAGCUUCUGGACAUGCUCAGAGUUGACAAGUCUUCUCCUGAGAAGAUUACAUCUGCUGAAUCAGCAAAGAUGAUCUUGCAAGAUAUGGUUCACAGAAGCAUGAAGAAUAUGCAGUUGAGAGAUGUUGGUUCAGAAGUCGUUAAUAGUUAAAAAAAGAGUCUGAAAUCACGUUAUCUUCGGGAUUAUAGAAGAUUCUGGAAUAAAAAAUUCCAGAAAGCAAGGUAUAUAUAGAGAGAGUUAGAGCAGAAAUAUUUAUCUGUGAGUUUUGGCAAAGUUUGAUGGGUCUUGUCUUGAGGUGCUUUUCAUUAACCUCCUCCUCAAAUGGGCUCAUUCUAUGUCUGUAGUAGUAUGUAUAUGUGGAGUUUGAAAAGCUCAUAAACCUGGUUGGUUAUAUAUACCAUCUGUGUACAUUUUGGUCUGAUUCUGGCAUUAUUACAUCAAGUCAACCAACUUCACACUGUAUGUAACCCUCAUCUCAUUGCAUUUUUAAGUUAAUACAUAAUUUUCUUUGAUUAAUGUUCUCAAGUUGU